GCCAGCUGUGCACGCUGCUGUUCGUGCUGAUACACACACAUACACACACUUAUAUCCAUAUAUUCCCAUUCCCACCCCAAUAACGGUAACCGAUACCCAACUAUCGACACCUAUCGGUGAUCUAUCGGUGAUCUAUCGAUCCGCAGGCCAGCUGUGCACGCUGCUGUUCGUGCUGGCGCUCCGCGGGCCGCUCUGGCUGCCGGCGCUGCUCUACGGGCUGUGGAUGCUGGCGGACCGCCACACGCCGCGCCGCGGGGGGCGCCCUUGCGCCUGGGUGCGCGCCUGACCCGUCUGGAACCACUUCCGGGACUACUUCCCCAUCUCGCUGAUCCGCACGGUGCCGCUGGACCCCGGGCGGAAUUACGUGUUCGGGUUCCACCCUCACGGCGUGCUGGCCGCCGGCGCCUUCGGCAAUUUCUGCACGGCGGCCUCGGGCUUCGAGCGCCUCUUCCCGGGGCUGCGGCCGCGGCUGCUGACGCUGCCCUGCUGGUUCCGCAUGCCGCUCUUCAGGGACUACGCGCUCGCCGGCGGUGAGGGGGUUAAAUUCACCUUAAACAAUUAAUUUUGAAGGUUUUUAAUUCAUUUUUAAAGGAUUUUAAAUAAAAUUUUAAUCAAAUUUUGAUUAAUUUUUUUCUUAAAAAAAAAAAGAAUUUUUUUCCCCCAAC